UGCUGCUCGGUGAAUGCGAGCUCAGCAAAUACUCCUGGAGAAAGGAGCUACGAUUUCUCCUGUUGCAAAAGUCGAAGAUAUCAGCAAGUCCAAGAAUGAUGCACCAGUACAGCCGAACUUGAAUAUAUUCCCAACCACUUUGAUGGGGGACAGAAGACGGUGCUUCAGGCAAAACUGGUAUACUCUUCAUCCAUGGCUUGAGUAUUCUGUCAUAAUGGACUCUACAUAUUGCUAUGCAUGUAGACAUUUUAGCACACCAAAGGCCCCUGACACUGUUUUUGUUUCAACCCCUGGGUUUAGAAACUGGAAAAAUGCAACUAUGAGAAAGGCAGGGUUUUCAGUUCAUGCAAAGUCUGAGCGACACAAGUGUGCGAUGAUAGCAUGGCGGGAUUAUCAAAGUGCUGUUAAAAAUGAUGCAACACUAGCAGAUAUCCUUAACAAAGAACACACUAAACAAGUACAAGAAAAUCGGGCAUACAUUAAAACAAUUGGGGAAGUGCUGUUACUUACAGCUACACAAAACAUAGCACAAAGAGGGCAUGAUGAAUCUGAAGAGUCCAAUAACAAAGGAAACUUUAGGGAAAUUCUUAGCACAGUUGCUAACCACGACCCACUUGUUAAGAGAAGAUUAACUUCUAUUAACAAUGCAAAGUACACAAGCAAGAUCAUCCAGAAUGAGGUUUUGGGUUGUUUGGCAGAAAUGGUUCGUUCUGAAAUCAUAGAAGAAGUGAAGAACAGUGAGGUUUUCAGCAUCAUGGCAGAUGAAACAAAGGAUGUUUCAAAAAGUGAACAGAUUUCUUUCACACUCAGGUACUAUUACAAUGGGGCCAUUAAGGAGAGUUUUCUCCAUUUUGAAUCUGCAGAGAGGUUAGAUGCAGCAAGCCUAACUGGAAAAAUAGUGAACUUACUGGAAAGUUACGGCCUGAACUACAAAAAUAACCUUGUAGGCCAAGCAUACGAUGGCGCUGCCGUUAUGAGCGGUAAACAUUCAGGGGUUCAGGCAAGGAUCAAAGAACAGGCUAAAUUUGCCUUCUACAUUCAUUGUAGUGCACACUGUCUCAAUUUAGUGUUAGUUGAUGUAGUCAAAAAUGUCCCAGAAACAGAGGAGUUUUUUUCUUUGUUACAGAGCCUUUAUAUUUUUACCUCUGGCUCAUAUGUGCACCCAAAAUGGCUGUCUCUCCAAAAAGAAAUGUAUGGCAAAACAAGAGAGUUGCAACGUUUAAGCGACACACGUUGGGCAUGCCGAUUUCUAGCCCUACGCAACAUAAUGGACACUCUACCUGCCCUUAAACGACUACUGCAACAGAUUGCUCAAGAACGCCACGGUGAAAGAACUGUUGAGGCCCGAGGUCUUCUGCCUCAAAUUGACCUACAAUUUGUUGUGCACCUUGUCACUCUUAGUAAGUUGUUUGGGGAGACAAAACUACUGUCUGACAUGUUACAGUCACAAACUGUUGAUCUGGCUAGAGCUGUUGACUUGGUAAAUGCUUUAGUCCAGACAUUGAAAGACCACAGGCAGGAGUCUUUCUUUGAUAAGUUGUGGGAUGAAGCAUUGACUAUUUGUGAGCACUGUGAUUCUGCACCAUCAGUGGCAAAACGUCAGACAAUGCUGAGCACUAGGCUCAGUGGCUACUGCACACUAAGCACUGUUGGUCAGAGGGAGGUAGAACGUGACAAAGCUAUGUUUUGCACAUCAUUUUUCUAUCCUGUAAUUGACAGCAUGCUCAAGGAGUUGAACAGACGUUUCUCCAAUACCAACUGUGAGCUCAUGACAAGCAUACAGUCUCUCAACCCCCAGAGUGAUGCCUUUUUAAAGGAGACCAAUGUUUUUUCAUUUGGCCGUUUGUACAAUGCAGACAUUGAUGAUUUAGGGCAUGAGCUCCAUCAAUUUAAGAGAGUUUUGGACAGAAAAAUACAGAGUGGUGAAAUUACAAAGCCAUGCAAUACAGUUGAGCUGGUUUGUUUUAUUGAGCCAUACAGGGAAGUUUUCUUUGAACUCUUUAGACUGUGCAAGAUUGCCGUAACCCUUCCUGUAAGCUCAGCCUCUUGCGAACGCAGUUUCUCCACACUGAAACUGAUCAAAACCUUCCUGCGGUCCACCACUACUGACAUGAGACUCAGUGAUCUUGGUGUCCUGAGCAUAGAGUCCAGAAGGGCCAAGGCUCUGGAUCUGGAUGCAUUUGUGGACCGUUUUGCCAGACAGCACAACCGCCGUAUCCUGUUGUUGUAGUGUAGUGUUUACAUUAAUAGGUAAUGUCACAUUUUUAUACCCUUUGUUGUACCCUGGAGGUUUGUUCACAUUGAAUUGACACACUGUAUUUGUACCCUGUACUGUAUUUUUCAUUUUUCUACGGCCCUACCUCCUUUAGCUUCAGGAUUUAGGGCAUGAGCUCCAUAAAUUGAGUGGUUAAGUUAAAAAGCCAUGCAGUACAGUUGAGCUGGUUUGUUUUAUUG